AGCCUGUCAUCAGUCAGUCAGUGUUCAGUGCUGUGCAACUACCUAAACAUACAACAUGAAAUUUUUGAUCGUAGCCGCUCUUGCCAUAGCCGCCGUGUGCGCGGAAGAAGCCAAGAAGACAGAGAAGCGAGGACUAGCCGGGCUCGGCUACGGAGGCCUCGGCUACGGCGGCCACGGCGUCGGCUAUGACGGCUACGGCUACGGAGGCGGCUUGGGAUACGCUGGAGGCCUCGGCUAUGGCGGUCUUGGAUAUGGUGGAUACGCAGCUGCCCCAGUGGUCAGCAAGGUAGCGUACACAACCAACCACGGUCUCGGCUACGGCGGCUAUGGCAACGGCCUCGGCUACUCCGGCCUCGGCGGCUAUUCUGGCCUUGGCUACGGCGGUAACGGCUACUACGGCGGCCACGGCUACUACGGCGGCCCCGCUGUCAGCUACGCCAACCAGGUCGCCUACCCCGGCUACGGCGGCUACGGAGGCUACAGCCACGGCCUCGGCGGACUUGGCUACUACGGACAUCACUAAACAAUCGACUAAAAAAAGUGUUCUUCAAAUUAAUUCUAAUACUCAACUAUAAAUCAAAUUACACUGCCACGUAACUUAUUUACUAAAUGCACGAUCUUUGGCCGGCUGCGUUUUAAUGGGCUUAAAUCAACAAAUAUCUCAAGAUCGUCACAGCUGGCCAAGGGUAGUCUCGAAACGAACACUAUUUUAUACAACGAAUUGUACGAGCUUUGUAAAUAUUAUAUGAAUAUACGAUAAUGUAAAGUACUA